CACGGUGGCCUUAAGUGGUUAAAGGUGUACAUAAUUCUCAUAGGAAUGUAUACUGUGAUUAGAAGUGAACUAAACGUCUCUCAAACGUAAACGCUAUUUUUGGAGCUAUCGUUUAUUAAUUUUCGUGUAAAGGUUACUCUAUGAAACCUGCAAUCUGGAUCGCGGAGGCAGCAACAGAAAGAAGAUAGAGGAAUUCUCUAGGUCUUCUCGGGAAAAACUCCUUCAAUCCAAGAACAGAAUGUUCUCCAAAUUCACCUCCAUUCUUCAACAUGCGGUCGAAGCGCUUGCACCGUCACUUCCUCUACAGGAGGAUUUUGUCUACCACUGGAAGGCUAUCACACAUUACUACAUAGAAACCUCAGAUGACAAAGCCCCUGUGACAGACACCAAUAUUCCCUCCCACCUGGAGCAGAUGCUGGACAUUUUGACCCAGGAGGAAGGUGAAAGGGAGUCAGGUGAAACAGGGCCAUGCAUGGAGUACCUGCUUCACCAUAAAAUCCUAGAGACUCUUUACACACUGGGCAAGGCUGAUUGCCCACCAGGGAUGAAGCAGCAGGUCCUAACUUUUUACACAAAACUUUUGGGACGCAUCCGCCAGCCACUCCUCCCUCACAUCAACGUCCACAGACCUGUUCAGAAACUGGUCCGUCUUUGUGGGGAGGUGUUGGCUGCCCCUACAGAAAACGAGGAGAUUCAGUUUCUCUGUAUCGUCUGUGCCAAACUCAAACAGGACCCUUACCUUGUCAACUUCUUCCUGGAGAACAAGGGGAAACGAGUUGAUGCAAAAGGGUCUGAGGGGGCAAAGGAAGACCCGUCUGCUCCAGACACCGGGCAAAACCAAAACGCUGGACCAGAAGGUGCAGCAUCUCCCACUGCGGACAAUGAAGAAGAUUCGAGUGGAGCCGCUAGUAACACUACAAAGUCUAACAGCAACUACAGUCUGGUCAGCUCCCUGCUCAAUUUGACCAAGAGUCCGGAUGGGCGUAUUGUGGUAAAGGCCUGUGAGGGAUUGAUGCUUUUGGUCAGUUUACCGGAGCCGGCAGCUGCCAAGUGUCUUACAGAGAACACAGAGCUGUGUGAGCUCCUAACGGAUCGGCUUGCCGCGUUUUACCGGGCCCUGCCUCAGUCCAUGGACCCACUUGACAUCGAAACGGUUGAGUCUGUCAACUGGGGACUGGAUGUGUAUAAUCUUAAGGAGGAUGCAGCUGCUUUCACAGGCAAACGGGCUCUGAUCUCUUUCCUGUCCUGGCUGGACUACUGUGACCAGCUCAUCAAAGAAGCCCAGAGGACCGCUGCUGUAGUUUUGGCCAGAGCUGUGAGAGAGAGGUUUUUCGUGUCUGUCAUGGAACCCCAGCUGAUGCAAACGUCAGAGGUCGGCAUUUUGACCUCUACAGCACUGCUCAAUCGGAUCAUCCGGCAGGUGACGUCUGACGCCCUGCUACAGGAGACCGUCUACUUCCUGUUGGGAGAGGAAACGGGACCCGAGACCCCCGCUGGGAUUACCCAGAAUCCACUGAGGCACAGACUUAUAGAACACUGCGACCACCUCUCAGAUGAGAUCAGCAUCAUGACGUUGCGUCUGUUUGAGCAGCUGCUGCAGAAGCCAUGUGAGCACGUGCUGCAGAACCUGGUGCUGCGCAGUCUCAGCGAGCGCAACUACUGCGAGAACAAACCGCAAGACGAGCGGGAACCGCUGGAGAACGGCCAGCCGCACGACGCCGUGGAUCUGGAGGAGGAUCCUCUGUUUUCAGAUCUCUCCCCAGACAACAGACUCUCCAGCCCUGAUUGGCUGAGCUGCUCACCACCACCCAGCACAGACCACGCAAAGCCUGAUGGGAAAACAGAGGUCCACAAAGUCGUAAACAGUUUUCUGUGCCUGGUACCAGAUGAGGCUAAAUCUUCUUACCAGGUUGAAGGCACAGGAUAUGACACUUACCUAAGAGAUGCACACAGACAGUUUCGGGAUUACUGUGGGAUUUGUCAGCGGUGGGACUGGCGAGGCAGUCCAAAGCCCUUUGAGAAGUGUAACUUGGACAGUCCGUUCUUUGAGGGCCAUUUUCUCAAGGUGCUUUUUGACAGGAUGGGCCGCAUUCUGGAUCAGCCAUAUGAUGUAAACCUGCAGGUGACCUCAGUUCUGUCCAAACUGGCUCUGUUACCCCACCCUCACUUGCAUGAGUACCUAUUGGACCCGUACAUUAACCUGGCCCCGGGCUGCAGAUCUCUCUUCUCCGUCAUUGUCAGGGUGGUGGGUGACCUGAUGUUGAGAAUUCACCGUAUUCCUGACUUCACGCCCAAACUUCUGUUGGUGAGGAAAAGGCUGCUGGGCCUUGAACCAGAGGGACUGAGUAUUGAUCAUGUGACAUUGUUAGAGGGGGUGAUUGUUCUAGAAGAAUUCUGCAAGGAGUUAGCCGCCAUCGCCUUUGUGAAAUACCAUGCUUCAGCCUCCACCUCCCCAUGAUUGUACAGCUUCACCCACAGCUGGAGCUCCACCCAAACACACAGGCAGAUGAGGGGUCGAACAGAUGAAACACCAACCGUUCAAUUUCAUUCAUCCCUCAGAGAACGCUGGAUUCAUAAACUAGAGUGUCGUCUCGCCGGGAACUCUGGGAAAACUCUGCAUCAGCUUCCACCCAACGUGGUGUGACAGAGGUGGAGGGGAGAUAACAGACAGUAGCACUCAUUUGUAUUCUAUCUCUCUCUCUUACUCAUUGACUCACUUAAGCCCUCUGUUAUGUUAGUAGUGAGAGAGCCAGGCUAGGCCUAUCGCCGUUAGAGAAUCUGGUUGUAUGUAUAUGCUUUAAUCUCAGCGGUUCUCUCUUCAUUUUCAGAUAUCUUGUCCCCUUAAUUCCGGUCCAUUCACCAGUGUUUCUCUCUAACGCGUUUAAGGAAUAAUGUGCAUUGUAAUUCACUCUCUAUAUCUCAGCCAGACGCUAGAAAUAGUGCCAGACUGAUUCCUAAGUAAGAAGUCAGAAUUAAAAAAAUUGG